AUAGUGUCAAAUGUAGUCGCCUCAUGUUCAGAGAAGCACAUGGCCAGCAGCCUGAAGAUUUCUGCUCAAGAAUAAUGUCAACAGUACAUGAGACAGUUCUCAUAGGAAUCUGCGAUGGAGCUAUUGACAAGAAGAAAAACACGUCGUAUUUUACGAACAAAAUUGGAGAUAGUCCGGACCUUCAUACCGUAAUCACUCUCCAACAUCCCAUGUGCACACUUUGCCAGAGAGGUCUCUCACAUGUUGUGCAAGUCUACUGCCCUCUUGCAGCAUCUCUUUACCAUAGAACCAUCAAUGUUUUCGCCUGCACCAAUCCACAGUGUUAUGGCAAAUCAGAAAGCUGGAUUGUCCUGCGCUCCCAGUGCCUGGAUGAGGAAAUCAAAGUGUUAUCAGGGAGACAGGAUGACAAAAGCACACCUGGUAAAGAGUCUGCAAUAUCUAGAACAGACUGGUGUGAUGAAGCUGAUGAUUGGGGGAUGGAUGAUGAAGUGCAAGAGACUGUUGCACAGACCAGUGCAGACACAGUACAAACGCAAACCGACAGUAUUAAUGAUGGAAUGGAUGUCAGUAGAAAGCUUGAAGGCCUUUGCAUUGAUGGAGGUGUGGAUCAUCAAAGUGCCCUCCACCACACCGAUAUACCAAUUUUCCAACAAUUUUACAUUAGUGUUAUGGAGGAAACAGACCUAGAUGGAUUUCAUGAUACAGAUCAUGAAAAAAAUCUGCUUAGAGAGUACGAGGAAAGAGAGGGAGUGAUUGUAGGAGAGAUUAGGAGUUGUGAAAGUGCAGAAGCACCAGAGAAAUAUGAGAAAGCCAAAGCCAAGCAUGGAGAUAAAAUGUUCACAAGUUUCAUGAAGAAAAUCUCUCUUUGUCCAGAACAAGUGUUACGAUACAGUUGGAGUGGAUCACCUCUAUUUAUAAUGGCGCCACCUUCCAAUUUUAAUCAAAUGGUGCCUUGCUGUGGUAACUGUGGCAGCCUGAGAAUUUUUGAGUUUCAGCUCAUGCCUGCAUUGGUCAGCUUACUCUGUAGUGUAGACAUAAAUUCAGAGACUGCACUGGAGUUUGGAACAGUUCUGGUGUACACUUGCAGAAACAGUUGUUGGAAAUCUGGAUCAACUGUUCCAGUGGAAGAGUUCCUCUUUGUUCAGCCUGAACCAGACCAAAUGCUCUUCAAAUGACGAUAUGAAUUAACACAAUAAAAAAAUAAAAUGAAACAA